AUGGUAAGACAUAGUAAGAGACCCAAGCGUGCUUGUCGUCAAAAACAGGCCCCACAGCACGCAGCAAAGACGUCACAGUCUAGCCUCAGGCCGUCAACAUGGUACGCCUGGUACCUCGUGUGUGAAAGUUUUUACCCAGGAGACAAAGAUGAGCUAUCUAUUCUCUGCCUUGUCUCAAAGGCUAUGAAACAAUUAGCCAGUCCUUUCCUGCAUCGAUCAAUUAGGUUUUUCCUGCGUCUACGACCUUGGUGGGAGCGGGAAAGUGAUCCUGAUAACCCCCGCCACAUCGUACGCAGGCUUCAGGACAUAUCCCACAAUUCUUCGCGGGUGUUCGUUCAAGAGAUCACAUUCGGAAAUGCCGAAGAUUGCGUUCUCGUUCUCGACGGAAUAGAGGACGAUUGUCUAUCCACCUUGAUUGAGCUGUUGCCAAAUCUACGACGACUUCCCUUCGAUUUUGACCAUUCAUACAUCAAAGCCAUUGAAAAGCAUCCCAACAAGCCAGAGAUACAUUUACUCAAACAGGAUGGGGUCAUUUCCCGCUCCCGCAAGAUCCCAGCUGUGACUGUUCUCAGUGUUGAUAAUGCCACGGAAGUCCGGAGAUGCAAGGAGUGGCCGCCUCAAGACAAUUUCUUGAACUUCGUCACUUCUUUUCCUAACUUGAAGUCUUGUACCUGGAAGAUUGCUACCUCUGUUUGCAAAUCGCUCGAAUCGGAAUAUGGCCUCGAUACGUCUCGUUGCCCGAAAUGGAGUAGGUUGGAUGGGCUUGACCUACCGGACUACUUCCCUCGUAUUGCAUCUCUCUGCCUUGAUAAAUACUAUCUUGGUAGUCAAAUAUCACCUUGUCUCCAAGAUCAAUUCAAGUGGUCGAGUCUGUUGUCCCUUGAGCUGGGUCCAAAUGGGGACUUCGCGCAUGCGAACCUGCAGCUGUUGACAGGACGCAUGGUGAAUUUAAGGCACUUGAAGAUCAGGCAAUAUGGAUGGGACAGCUCUCAGGAGACGUGGCCUGUCCUUGAGAACUUUUUGAUGUCUUUUGAUACAUUGACCGAUCUGGAAAUAUUCGGCUAUUUUUUUGCAAUCCGCGCGAUUACUCGGCAUACUGGUUUGGUCAAUCUUCGUUUUCAGACCCCCAAGUCAUGGUGUGACGAGUCAUCCUGUGGCCCGCGGUGGGAACAAGAUUUAAGUUCUCUGGAUGCAUCAUGUCCUCAACUGAAAUAUUUGGAAUUAAACACCGUGCGGAACAAGGAGACCCGAUGCGCAUGGCUACCGGCUGCUCUUCUAGACAAUAUCGCCUGCAAUUUUGCAAAUCUGGUGGUCCUAAGCCUUGAUUCCACAUUUGACACUUAUGACAGUAAACCAGACUGGAAAGACCAUUGGAAAUUCGAGCCCUAUUCCACUUACAUGGAGGCAAAGAAGACUGGCUCCCGCUUCUAUGAAAAGCGGUAUCGAGCAUUCAAUCAAAAUAGCCAAUUUCCGAAAGCGACGGGUCAAUCAGAAAGGCUCCAAACGCUGAUGUUGACUGCCGUAAGAUACGAAUGCAAUAAUCGGAUAACCAUCGAGUCAACCAAAAUGACUGUCGAUAUCCUACCCCCUAAGACCGUGGGAAAAGCCCCUGUCUUUUACUAUACUGAAGACAAAGGGAAAGCAAGGUUGCGUGGUGGACCACCACGCCCGCGCUUGUAUGACGAAGUGAUGAGUUUGUUUGUGGACUGA